AUGUCCAGCCCCAGCCCCUACCCCCAGCCCCAGCCACUACCCCCAUCCCCAUCUCCACCCGAGCCCCAGCCCCAGCCCCAGCCCCAGCCCCUAACCCCAUCUCCACCCCAGCCCCUAUCCCCAUCUCCACCCCAGCCCCUACCCCCAUCUCCACCCCAGCCCCAGCCCCAGCCCCAGCCCCAGCCCCAGCCCCCAUCUCCACCCCAGCCCCAGCCCCAGCCCCAGCCCCAGCCCCAGCUCCAGCCCCAGCCCCAGCCCCUACCCCCAUCUCCACCCCAGCCCCAGCCCCAGCCCCAGCCCCAGCUCCAGCCCCAGCCCCAGCUCCAGCCCCAGCCCCAGCCCCUACCCCCAUCUCCACCCCAGCCCCAGCCCCAGCCCCAGCCCCAGCCCCCAUCUCCACCCCAGCCCCAGCUCCACCCCGAGCCCCCAUCCCAUCCCCAACCCUCAUCUCCAACACCUCGGUGUAUCCUGUUAAUACACUUUCUAUGUCGUUGUUGA